AUGAGACGAACUACAGCCCCAAGCUGGGGAGUCUCACAACGCCUACUCAAAAUUUGGUACCAGACUGUAAUUGAAAAAAUUAUUUUAUAUUGCUCUGGAGUAUGGGCUGCUCAUUUGACGACGAAACUGGAAAAAAGAACUUUACUUUCAAUCCAGAGAUUAUUUCUAGUUCAAAUAGCUCGAAGCUAUAGAACGUCCUCAACAGUAGCACUUCAAGUUUUAACAGGCAUACCGCCAAUAGAUUUGGUCGCUGCAAGAGAAAAUACUUUGAGUAGGGUUUUACGUCUCACUCAAGAUUCUACUCUAUGGGGACGUACUUACAGCACGGCUAUUUAUGAUAAGAAGGUUAAUUAUCAAAUUUGUCAUCCAGCGGCUUUUAACCUUCAAAAUUCGAUAUCUUUACAACCUGUUUCUUUCUCUAAAGGCAUAUCCAUUUUUACAGAUGGAUCGAAAAUGUCCACUGGCACAGGCAGUGGUUUAUGUAUCAUGAAUGGCAUAAAUUUAUUACGUGAAUGGCGAAGACGUUUAAAUAUAGAAAAUUCUGUCUUUCAGGCAGAAUUAACUGCAUUGAAAAAAGCCAUUUCCUUAUCUUUUGCAUUUUUACAAAAAGUCACCAUCUAUAGCGACUCUCAAUCCAGCCUCCUGGCUAUCGCAAAUCCUAAUAUUCGACAUAGCCUGGUUUCUUCAAUUCAGCAAGCCCUUCUAAAUUUACCUGAUGCAAUUCGCCCACAAUUAUCGUGGAUUCCUGCACACCAAGGAUUUGUAGGAAAUGAGCGCGCAGAUGUUUUAGCGAAGCAAGCCGCUCAGGGAACAAUGCUACCUGAACAUGCCCUUCCAUUGCCGCCUUCCCAUUUGAAAAGAUCAACAUUUACUCAACUAAUCAGUGAAUGGCAAUCACGUUGGACUGCUGCCACUACCGGUAGACGAACCUUUAAAUUCUUACCAAAAGUCUCCGUUGAAUAUUUAACCACUUCUGCAGCCUUAACGUAUUUCCUUACUGGACAUGGACCAUUUAAACAGUACUUAUUUAGAUUUGGGGCUUAA